GUGGACCCUUCCAGUGAGCGCUUUGAAGUUGCUGAAGAACGUCGCUGAUCUUGGCUGGACUGCACUGUUUCUCAAUUGUGAACGUGUCUCAAAACCAGCAUGAACUGAUGAGCCUCAUGGACACGAAACCCCUCAGCCUCCUCUCGACUCCACGUUUUCGAAGACCACAGCCUCCUCUCUCUCACGUUUCUCGUGAUUGUAAGAGGUGGCAUGACUGCUGGCGUCAGAAGUCGAAGUGCUGGACUAUGAGCGGUGAUUCCAUCUUGCUAAGCCCAUGUCAUAAUCGGAAUAGAAAAUGUGGCGGCCCAGUCUUCACGUGCGUACGGUGAGAGCCUGGAUGAUAGAGAAGCAGCAGACACGCAGAGGCGGCAGAGCUCCUGGAGAGCUCCUCGAAGGAGUGGUCAACAACGAUUAGCUCUCUUGGCUCGGUACGAUCUACGGCUUGCCGACGCCGAGGCUGUGGCCUCUCUUCGUGCCGACGUUCUUGAAGAUCUUUCGGCGGAAGCAAGAACAUCGAUGCUAUCCGUCAUAUCGCCAUCCAAUCGCCAAUUGACACCGGAAACGAUCUGAAACACGAGGUCUUUCUACACGACUCCUCAAGCAUGUCAAGCACCCAGGUGCCCAACGAGAUCGUCCUUUUCUGGUACCCCUCGUCUCCCUACGGAAGGCGAAUGACAUGGUAUCUUGCUCUUCGCAACAUUCCGUACGCAGAAUGUAUCCAACCACACAUUCUCCCUCGCCCGACUCUUGAUGCAUUAGGUCUCAAGUACCGCCGCUCGCCAGUAAUGGCUAUCGGCCGUGAUCUCUACGUCGACACGCGACUAAUGAUUGCAAAACUGGAGCAAAUGUUCCCGCCAUCGGCAGAACACCCUGCUCUCUCGACUCCAGAGACAGCCGGCGUGGCGAGCUUGCUGCAAAAGUUGACGAUCGAAGGAAGCGUGUUUCGGGAAGUCGUCAAGCAGAUGCCGUCUGCCGUGUGGAAGGAUCCCAAGUUUGCUAAGGAUCGAGCUGAAUUCAUGCCGGAGUCGGGAAUGAAGACUGAUGGCAAGACGACGCGCGCCGAGGGCAUUACGCAUAUGCGGGCGAUGUUUGCGAUUAUUGAGUCGAUGUUUGCCGAUGGCAGGGAGUGGAUUGCUGGAACGGAGAAGCUUUCGUUGGCGGACCUUGAAGGAUUGUGGGCAAUCGACUGGUUCAUCAAGGACUUGAGAGCCAGCACGGACUACUUCACCGCGGGAAAGUACCCAAAACUCUUCGCCUGGCGAGACAGAUUCCGGGCUGUCUUGAAGCAAGCGAGAGAGCAAGCGCCUAAAGCCGUGUCGCUUAAGGGCGAGGAUGCUGUGAAGUUUGUCACUUCGGCAAGCUUCACCGACCAGGCAACGACAAUUGAUGAAAGUGAUCCGUUGAACCUCAAGCAAGGUGCUACAGUGGAGCUGUAUCCGACCGAUGGCGGUGGUUAUACACACCAAGAUCACGGUAAACUGGUCAAGUUGACCAAGGACGAGGUCGCCAUUGCCAUUCAAGCAAAGUCAGGCGAGGAGAUACGUGUUCAUGCUCCACGAUGGCAGUUCAGAGUGCGAGCCGUUGACGCUGCAAAGCUAUAG